GCGCAAUAUCCACGGCUCAGGAUUUGGAUCACUGUGACACCUUGAUCUUAUCCUUUUGUUGGAAAUGUGGUGUUUAUAGCUCGCCUCUUGAAAAAGUCACGCCUCGGGAUUGUAGUCAAGAUUAUGUUGGAAUCGCACGUUAAGUGAAUCCAAUGAUUUUUAGAUCCACGCCCGUACACCUGACUACAUGGGGUGAUUUCACCCGUGACACAGCCUGAAGUGAAGACUAAAAGCAAGUUGUGCAAUCAGUGUCAACGCCUAAAUUUUAACGGUGGUCACAUGACAGAUGCAGGAUGCGGUGGUGUCCCGGCUCUUUUCUACAUCUCCUGCGUUGUGUGUUGCCGCGGUGUUGCUCCAGGAGAGGAAGGAGCAGACUGCCUUUGUGUCUGCGUGAACUGAAGUCUUACACACAGGUGUUGGCACAGUCACUUUUCUUCAACUCCCUCACAGACUCAGAUGUGGUUUUUGACUCCGUUUUUGAGCCGGUGUUAUGGACUGUGGAUUACGUCACACGCUGGUUCGGCACCGUGUUUGUUUAUCUGGUGGUGGUACUGACCAGCUCAAUUGUGCUGAUCGCCUAUGUAGUCCUGCUUCCCCUGAUUCUCAACACGUACUCCCCCAUGUGGAUUGCUUGGCACGUUUGCUACGGACACUGGAAUCUGGUCAUGAUUGCUUUUCACUACUACAAGGCUGCCAAGACUUCACCAGGAUACCCUCCAACUGAAAAAAACGACAUUCCAUUUGUGUCAGUGUGCAAAAAAUGCAUUCUUCCCAAACCAGCAAGGACACACCACUGUGGUAUCUGCAACAGAUGCAUUCUGAAAAUGGAUCAUCAUUGCCCCUGGUUGAACAACUGCGUGGGUCAUUUCAACCACCGCUACUUCUUCUCCUUCUGCCUCUUCAUGACUCUCGGCUGUGUCUACUGUAGCAUCAGUGGGAGGAAUCUCUUCCUCGAGGCGUACAACGCGCUCGAACGGUUUAAACAUAUGGAUAUGGAAAAGCCUGGCGUGCCGGUAACAGGGAUGGGUGUUCUUAUUGGCCUUCUACCUUCAGGCCAGGUACUGUCAUUUCAGUACACACACAUAUCAGCUUUGUUAUCUGCUUUGCUUCUUCUUCUUCUUCCAUUGAUGUUGUUUUCCGUCCAGACCAACUACCAAACCCCUGCUCCUCCAUACACCUACAAGGACCGGAUGAUUCAUAAAAGCAUAAUCUAUAUGUGGGUUCUUACCAGCACUGUGGGCGUGGCCUUGGGAGCUCUGACUGCCUGGCAUGCAAUUUUAAUAUCCCGAGGAGAAACCAGUAUAGAGCGACAUAUUAACGCUAAAGAAACCAAAAGACUGGCCACGUGGGGAAGGGUGUACAAAAACCCAUUUUAUUAUGGAAAAUUAAACAACUGGAGAAUAUUCCUGGGAGUGGAGAAGCAGAGCCACUGGGUGACACGCGUCCUGCUCCCCUCAGGUCACAGCCCACGUGGUGAUGGCAUGACAUGGGACAUCUUUCCACUGAAAAAGGACUUGAUCCCCGUAUGACUGAUAUGGAGUAUUAAGAGCUUGCAGGACUUUAUUUUGGGAUGCAGUUGGGAUAUUUAAAGGGACUAUUUUGAGUUGUGCAAACCUUCAAUACCUCAAUAGAAAGUGGCAUCCUGGUGCACUGGUUGCAGUAACAUGGUUGGCUUCCACAAAGGCUUUUUCCUCUGCUUGGGUUUGUCUUGCCAACAAUUCUACUUGAUUUACAAUGCGUUUUAAAGCCAUUUUAACGACUGACAUAUCACUGGACAAAAGUGCAAUGUUUUUGUACAGAAUACGAAUGUGUGUAGCAUUUUGUUUUCAAAAUACUAAACUUCUGUGUUUGACCGCCAUUUAAUCAUUGUGGUUUCUACCUUCUCACUCCAGUGUUCUCAUUUGAUCAAACUGUUACACAUAUUUGUCAUUAUUUAUCACAGUUUGUACCUGGAAAAAAAGAGCGAUUUUGUGUUGAAGAAUUCCAUAUUGUGUCAUAUUUCUUACAUUAAAUGACAUUUUUA